AUGGGUGCUCAUACCGCUCACAUCGUUGUCGAGUCCAGCUCAGGAAAUGUUACUCCUACUCGAGAGAAGGCUGGCAUCUACCAGACAGAGGAGCAGAAAACCCCCGACAACACCCUCGUCGAGAGAGGUAUCGACAGACUCCAAGCCGCCAUCGAUCCAGUCGCGGAGAAGGCUCUUGUUUGGAAGAUUGACAAGCAUGUCAUCCCUAUGGUGAUGGGCCUCUACUUGAUGAGCUUCAUCGAUCGAGUCAAUAUUGGGAACGCUCGCUUGUAUGGCCUGGAAAAGGAGCUCGGCAUGGAGGGCAGCAUGUUCCAAAUUGCUGUUUCCAUCCUGUUCGUCACAUAUGUCUUGGGCGAGCUUCCAAGUAACUGGAUCAUGAAGCACUACGUUCGUCCAUCUCGCUGGAUACCAAGCAUCACGAUUGCAUGGGGAUUUGUCGCCACCUUCAGCGGACUCGUCCACUCGUACGCGGGCUUGAUCGUCUGUCGACUGCUUCUUGGUAUCACCGAGGCGGGUCUCUUCCCAGGAAUGGUCGUCUACUUGACUUUCUUCUACACCAAACAGGAGCUCGCUCUCCGCACUGCAUUUCUCUUCGUCUCUGCUGCUAUUGCCGGAUCCGUUGGAGGUCUCCUAGCGUACGGUAUCGGCCACAUGGAUGGAGUGGGUGGUUACAGCGGCUGGCGCUGGAUAUACAUCCUCGAAGGCAUCCCGACUAUUGCCGUCGGCGUCACCGCUUGGUUCGUCCUCGCGGACGAGCCCGAUACUGCCUACUAUCUCAACGAAGAUGAGCGCAACCUCGUCCGCGCUCGCCGUGCAGCCCAAAUGGGAGUGAUGGAGACCUUCCAGUGGGAGGAUGCUCGGAAAGCUCUGAAGGACUGGAAGACAUACGCCUUCGCCGUGGCUCAGUUCUGCAACGCUUGCAUGCUUUACACCUACUCGACCUUCUUGCCCACCAUUAUCCAACAGAUCAUGCCAGAAGCCGGUCGCGCCACUACCCAACUGUUGACAAUGCCCUGCUAUGCUACCGGCGCCAUCGUCUACAUCUGUCUCGCUUGGGUUAGCGACUGGAAGCAGAUGCGUGGUCCCAUCGCCGCGGUAAUGGGCUGUGUUAGUGCUGCAGGUUAUGCUACCCUGCUUUCUCGAGGGCCACCCGGUGUGCUAUAUUUCGGCUGCUUUCUCGUUGCCGCGGGCAUCUACAUCACUCUCGGACUGAACAUUGCGUGGUUGAACACCAACAAUCCUCGCUAUGGAAAACGGACCACAGCCUCCGCCACGCAAAUCAUGCUGGGCAACAUUGCCGGUGUGGUCGCUCCCUUCCUCUACCCGACUAAUGAUAAGCCAUACUUCACUCAAGGCCAUGCCGUCAAUCUCUCGUUGGUGGGGCUCGGUGCCAUAACGUUCGCUUCGCUGUCUCUGUAUCUCAAUUGGGAGAAUAAACAGCGCGCUCUUGGGAAGCGCGAUCACUUGAUGGAAGGCAAGACGGAGGAGGAAAUUUUGGCCAUGGGCGAUGAGAAUCCGCGGUACAUGUUCACCACCUAG